GUGUUAUUGACACCGAAUGGGGGCUCCUGUAUGCCACUCUUAGUUCGGAUCAGACCUUAGUUACUGAUAUCGACUGUCAUAUCAUUAAUUUGGUCUGACUGGGGAGACUAACAAAUUGUGUCGUUUCCGACUGGGACUGAAGACUACUAUCGAUCUGAAUUCAGCCGUAACCAAACAGGUGAACCAUGCCCAUCAUGAAGCUCAAGCUCAUCUGCUACUUUCCGGUGGAGCCACCGUUUAUCACGCAAGUCACCGUCGAGGGCAAUGACACAGUCAAAUCACUGUUGAGGGAGGUCCACAAGCAGCUCAAGGAGGAAAGCUAUGAUGUCCCACUGAGGGACCUUGUGUUGUACAAGGCGGAUGUCAAGAUAGAGCCCGAGGUGGAUCUGACAGACCGUGUCAUUCAGUGGCUUCGCAUCCAGCCAGAGGCAGCCAAGCUCAGUGUUCUACGUAACGUUAAAGACGUGUUCACCGAAGCCCUGCCAAAUGGUACUCUUCAUAUCAUUGUUGCCAAUGCCGAGAUCAAGGAGCUACUUGACUUUGUUGACGAUCCUCAAGCGCGGUCUCGGAUACAGAUUAAGAAAAAGCUCGGCAAGCAGUUCGCAAAACUAUCAUCCAGCCCCUCCCCAUCUGCAGUUGUAAGGAGCGCUGAUGCAUUGGCAAAGUUCCUCAAUGCCGAUGGCCAUCCUGUGUGCCUCGAUCAAGUCCCAGCCGCCAUGUUCAGCCCGCCACUUGCGCACCUACAACGGGCCCUCGCCGAGCUUGGCGACCUCGAGGUGACCGAACAUGAUGUCAGCCACGCGUCUAGCUUCCUCAGCAGUACAAUCAUGUCUUAUCACAAUGAGGACAGUCGCCGGAACGCCAUUCGGCAGCACGUCGACCACUUAAUCGGGGAGCCUGGUCAGUGGGAGGAAAGGCUUGACCGGGUGGGGAACAUCCAGCCUGAUGCGAGUUGGUGGCAAGGUGAGUUCCCUGUCACAAUCCUGAAGCUGAAAAAUGCCCCUGGUAUUGGCGGAGAUCCUUUUGUUCAAAGUCUUGCCGACUACAGCAAGAUUGUGUCGGACCCCCAGCUUGCGCACUUUCAAGGAUCCUGCAAUUUCCCUGUCUUGCUUCUCGGUCUCUCGGGAAAUCGGAUCGAGAUUGUCGCCUUCAAUAUCACCCCCGGAUUUCACUUGUCCGAGAACAUCAUCCAUGCGGCUCGAAUCUUCAGGUGCCUUUCAUCGUGUCGAGCGGCACUGGCAGCGCACUACCGCGCAGUUCAGGGCAACCACGUAACUAUUGCGGCAAUCUACCCUGACCCAACCUCAGUCUCUGGCAAUGCAUUGCCGUGCCUGACCUACCACGGUGUCCUCUUGCGAACCGGCGAGCACGUUUCGACCAGCUUGGCAGACCUGGAAGUUGGGACCACCGCGCUGUACCGGGCUACCCUUGGUGACGCUGCUACCCCUGAUGGUGCUACCGAGGUCGUCGUCAAGUUUGCGAGUCGAUACGGUGAAGCAGCCCACCGCCUCUUAUCCGAUGCCAAACUGGCCCCAAAGCUCCACUGGUGCGAGCCAAUCAUCGGGGGCCUUUUUAUGGUCGUCAUGGACCAUCUCGAAGACGGUGCAUCAAUCUGGCGACUGCGAAACAGUUCAAGGCCCAAACCUGUUCCCGAAGCUGUCUUGAGGGAUGUUAAAGGGGCACUAAAGCUCUUGCACGAGAAUAGGUUUGUGUUCGGAGACCUGCGUGACACGAAUGUUGUUUCUUCCAAGGAGCAAGGGUUUCUCGUUGAUUUCGAUUGGGCUGGGAAGGAAGGAGAGGACAGAUACCCAGCCGCGCUCAAUGAAAAUAAUAAGUGGCAUGCCGAGUUGGAGGCUCAGCUGAAGUAGUUUGUUAUAUCCUUUC